CAUCAUCUCAGGUCACAGUUCCCCUCCUCGAGAGAAAGCAUAAUCCUAAUCUUGUUUGUUUAUACCCUAAACAUGUCCCUUCACAUUCCAUAAUUACCAUAUGGUAUGGGUGGGUUACACUCAAAACACACAGCAUAAGAGUUGACCUGGUGGUAAGUCUGCAAGCAAUGUUUAGACAUUGGAGAUGAGUAAAUACACAAUUUUUAUGUGCUUUGAUUUUCGAAUCACCCCAAAUUCUUGGUUAUUUUGGAAUAUAACGAGCAUGGAAGAAUAGGGCAAUAGACCAUUGCUCCAAUCCCCAUCAUGCUUCAAAUGAGAUUAGUUUGAAAGGUAAACUCAAAAAGCUUGCUCCAACCUUUUCCCAUUCCCAUCACAUGGUUCACACGAGAUCCCUUUCUUUCCCUCCCUCCUCCCUCCUCCCUCGUACCAAUAUUGAAUUCUCCCCAUGGACCAUCAUUUUACAAUGAUGACACCACAUCUUGCUGUUGCUGCUGUCCCAAUUCAUCCCACCAAAAUGGAGCCCUGUUUCUACAUAUGUCCACUGAGCAGUCACACAUCAAGAUCGAACAUCUUCUGUAAUGUUCUCCUCCAAAAUCUACCCUUUUCACUAGUCCAGUAAUAUUCUCAUCCACAUCUUCCGUCUAGUCUUUUCUUACCUUUCAUGCCCCCAUCCUUUGUCUCUCUUUCUUGGGCCCCGCCCUCGAUCGAGAAACCUACAACUGUUCCUCCUCCCCCAACUUUCCAUAUAUAAUCUCUUAUCUCAAUCUCUGGUUCUUGCCCCUUUCCUCUUCCCAGCAAAAAUGUAUGGGUAUUCAAAGAUCAAACUUAUCCGCUCCACCAAAUCAAGAUCCCUGGAUUUUGAAGAUCUCCUAUCCCUGCCCACAAUCCCAAAACCCACUGGGGAUCAAACUAUCCCAAACACCACUUCCUUCACACUCGAAGAAACCAAACAGAUCAAAACCACGGAUUAUGCCAAAAACACCAAUACCCAUGAAUCGCUUUCCGAGCUAGAAGAAGAUGAGGGUGGGAGAGGAGAAAGGUUUGGGGAUGUUUUGAGGAGGAACUUUUCAGUUUCUUCAGCAGCCUCCCACAGGAAAGAAAGUCUGCAGUCUGCAGUGAAGAAGGCAUUCUCAAUGAGAAGAUCUUCAUCAGUUUCUGAGAGGUACUGUAGGAUCCAUGACCAGUGUGUGGCUCUAUCAUCCCCUUUUGAAGAUGAUGAUGAUGAUGAUGAUGAAGUCAUGGACAAGAGCUCAGAGCAGACAAGAUCUGUGAAAAAGAAGAAGAAGCAAGGGAGGACUGUGUAUCAAGAAAAAGGGAUGAUGUUAAUGGCACCCUGAAAAGAAGAGAAAAAGAAAAGGGUUUAGAAUAGCAACAAUGAUUGAGGAGAAAUACAAUGAAAAAGGGAAAGACUCAGUUGAAUCCAUCUUCCCCAAAUACAGCUUGCUUCUGUGAUUGUGACUUCAUGACCCUUUCAUGGGGCCAAGCCAAGAAAGUAUUCAUCACCUUUUCAAUGCUGUCUCAUCUUUCAUCUUCUCA